AUGGGGACGGAGCACGUCACACCACCCAGUAGUCAGGCUGUCUGUGAUGCGGCCAGGAAGACAACUGGGAGUGGCAUCUUGUUGAAAAUGGCCCAAAACAAUCACAAGCCAACACAGGCCCCACACAAUCACAAGCCAACACAGGCCCCACACAACCACAAGCCAACACAGGCCCCACACAAUCACAAGCCAACACAGGCCCCACACAACCACAGACCAACACAGGCCCCACACAACCACAAGCCAACACAGGCCCCACAACCACAGACCAACACAGGCCCCACACAACCACAAGCCAACACAGGCCCCACACAACCACAGACCAACACGGGCCCAAAACAAUCACAAGCCAACACAGGCCCCACACAACCACAGACCAACACAGGCCCAAAACAAUCACAAGCCAACACAGGCCCCACACAAUCACAGACCAACACAGGCCCCACACAACCACAAGCCAACACAGGCCCCACACAACCACAGACCAACACAGGCCCCACACAACCACAAGCCAACACAGGCCCCACACAAUCACAAGCCAACACAGGCCCCACACAACCACAAGCCAACACAGGCCCCACACAACCACAGACCAACACGGGCCCCACACAAUCACAGAUCAACACAGGCCCCACACAAUCACAAGCCAACACAGGCCUAACACAAUCACAAGCCAACACAGGCCUAACACAAUCACAGACCAACACAGGCCACAGACAAUCACAGAUCAACACGGGCCCCACAUAA